AUGAUAGUUUCCUUCGCUGGAAAUCUAGAUAAUCUGAUCUCAUAUGUGUCUUUCGCUCAAUGGUCUCAACGAGCAUGCACAAUGGGUGCACUGAUCUGGAUCCGAUUACGGCAUUGGCCCGUUCAUCCUGAAAAAAUUCGCAUGCCUAUCAUUAUGCCAGUCUUCUUUUGCAUCGUUUGUACAACAUUGGUGGUUGUGACAAUCAUUGACAAUUUCUCAUCAGCUGUUGUCGGUCUAGGUAUCUGGGUCAUUGGGUUUAUUGUCUACCUCUUAUUUAUUUUCGAGCGAGCUCUUCCUUCUAGUGCUACCUACAGGAAAAUAACAAACAAACUCAAC